GUUUGAUUUUAUCUGUGUGUAUGUGUGUGUGUCCACCGUAAGCUCCCUGAAUUUAUUAGUCAUUAAUAUUUUUAUUUCUUGAAAUUUCUCGAGUCCGAACUUUUCUGAUGGUAAUCUUGGGGACAGUAGAACUGACAAGUUUUUCAGCAACUUACUUUUUGUUCUCUUGUGUGCCGACUGAUAAUAUUGGCAUCACUCUCGUCCUAACCAGGUUUAAGAAUGGGUGACAACUUUGAAACAGGGAUGCUUCCGACUCAAUUCCUCAGUGUUGUCCUAGAAGAAACUGAACCAAGUACGCAGCAAUAUGCGAGUUCCAGGGCAAGUACCAAUGAAGGCGAACACAGCAAACCACCUUCUCCUAAAACAGACUGGGAAAAUGAAGCUAUCACUGAAAAAUAUUUGAAAAAGCACCUGCCGGCUGCCUUACUAGCAGAAUGCACUGUGGAAAUAGCAAGAGGCAACAAUCAGAAACCAAUAAGGUGGGAAGAACCAAAGAGAAAGAAGAUGUUGCCGCCUGUCCCUCCGCUUCAACGAAUUGCGUUUGAAGAAGACAAAAACUUGGAUGUUCGCGACAUCAUGAAUCGAGUUGAGGCUGUCUACUCUGACGAGGAGGAUGAAAUUCGGUUCAGUACUAAUGAAAUUGAAUUGCGGAGAAUAUCUACUAGUAAGACUCAGGCAUCACGGAAACCACUAGCCCUAAUGCCGAUGCGACCUGUACUGGAAAUGAAGCCUAUUCCAUCUAGUGAUGUCAAAUUUGCAUCAAAUGCUCAAGGUAAACCUGGCGUAACUGCUGAAAGCUUAAUGUAUCCCUGCGAAUACUGCCCUAAUGCAUACAAUAAUCGCGGUGCCUUGUGGCAACACACUGUUGCCACUCAUUCCACUGAGAAAACUUGUGAGUGUAAAAUUUGUGGCCGAAAGUUCUAUCGUAACUGUAGUCUUGCACUUCAUUUAAAGAGCCACUCUGAUGAACAACGAUGUACUUGUUUGAAGUGUGGAAAAUCUUUUGGAAGAUUGUCGACUCUUGACAAACAUAUGAAAACUUUUCAUGAGGAUUGCAGGUAUUGCUGCAAGGUUUGCAAUGAAAAGUUUGCUAACUAUGAACACUUUAUUAAUCACAUGGCCACUCAUUCAGCCGGAGAAAUCCCUUCUAAUGUAAACUCCGUGAUGAAAAGCCUUAUUAAUUCUAAUUCAAGUAUCAACUAUUCGUGUCAACUUUGUUCCUUAUCGUUUAAGAGAAAGGAUCUUCUUGACCUUCAUUUUACUUUAGUUCACUCCUCUAACAAGGUAAAUCUGAAUUUCCUCAAACAUAACCAACUAACUCCGAUGUCUCGUGGCAAACCACACUUGUGCAAAGUUUGCGGGAAAGGCUACAGUCAUAAAGCAGUACUCCGGAAGCACAUGCUAAUACAUUCCGGUCUAAAAACAAAAUGCACUGUUUGUGGAUUACAGUUUACUCAAAAGUCUUCGCUUUUACGGCAUCUUAAGCGUAUGCAUCCUGAUUUUGAUAUAGGAAACUGCUUUGAUAACCUUCAUGAUGAUAGCAAUGGUAGGAUGGAACGUAGUUCUAAUGUUAAUAUUAGCAUCGACUCAGAGGCGGAUAAUGUAGAGAAUACAUUGGACAUGGAAGUCACUGAGGCAGUUGAUGACAAUGAUGGAUUUGAUGAUGAAGUCAUGGAAGAUGAUGAGGAGGAUGAUGAUGUAGAUGAUGAAAUAAACCCUCUUGAUUUUCUCUCAACAGAAUAGUUCAAUCUCCAGUGAAUAGAGGGUUGCAGAGGAGUGGGGGGGGGGAUUUAGAUUAACUAUUUGUCAAAAUGAUCCCCAUAUUUUCUUCAUUCUUUUCUAAAUGUUAACCCUGCAGCCAAGGAUACGGACCUGCUAAAAUAUUGGUAGUUUUGGGUUCGGUUUUUGAUGCAUGGCUGGAAGAGCUUCAAAGUUCAUGAAUUGUUUUGAAAUCCAGUCCGGGGCCCACAUUAGGGUACCAAACCAGUCCAAAAACAAAAUGAACCAAAAUAAGAAUAAAAAAAAAAGAAAAAUUUUGUAGUUGAAGACAAUCGAAAUAGGCAUAAAACAAGAGUGGAGUUGAAGACAAAAUUUUGAGGAAUGAUAUCAUAGAUCAAACUUAACAUUUAUCAAUUGUUCUCCAUGAACGUUGAAAGUCUUUUUAAAUCUUCAGUCUCAACUGGUAAAAUGCAAUCACAGGCAAGCAGUCAUAUUUCCAUUCAGCGACUUGGUUAUAUAAAAAAUUGGGAUGUCAUUCGUUUUCAUCGGGACAGACGAUCGGUCUCGCUAAUCUAAUCCAAUGUUAAAACUUGAAAAAAUCAAGGCAUGUGACUGCAAAUGCAGUUUAAAGACUCACUGAUGUGACAAGGUCUACUAAUCUAGGUAGUUGUAGAGCGUGCAGUUAACAGAAUCUAGUCUGUAUUAUGGCUGUAGCUCUCAAAAAUUGAGAAAAUAAAGAGACAUAAGGGAUUGAAGAUAGCCAAUGAGCCUGAAACCACCUCUCUCCGAAUCAGAAACUUAUGCCUCGGUAGUCAGUCAAUUUGUGCAGGAAUAUUUCCUUCUGUCUCAAGAUGUGUAGGCAUGGCAUUUGAACAAAAAAUGUAAUUUUGUAAAUUUUGUUGCUCGCGGCUCAACUUAGUAGAAAGUUUUGUUGUUAAGAAGUAUCCUCCUCCUGUGAGUAUACACAUAGGUGACUUCAUGGGUUCCUACCAGGUUUAGAGUUUUGGUCCUAGGCCGGUCUGCAUCCCUUGCCUGCAGCUUCUUGUUCAAUUAAAAUUCACCCAUCAUUUAAUUUUCAUUACAUCAUAUGUAUUCAGAUUUCAAUUUAGCUGUUCGUUCCUUUAUAUUUUCAUGUAUUCACCUUCAUUUUAGUCCCACCUACAUCAGUCAUCAUUCAGAUGCAGUAUCUUUCUCAAUAUGAUCAGUCCUUGAAUUCCUUACCAUUGAAGGAUUAGAGACUUUUCCCUUUGCAGAAAUGCGCCUCACUAAUGCUCAUAAACCUAAUUUUAAGAGAGAAAAGCAAAUUAAUUGUUUUACACUUCGCGAAAGCCAAAAUUGUAAGACAACCUAGUGAUAAACUUUUUUUUUCAGGCUUUUUGUAAUAGUUUGUCACUCAGAUUAAGUGUAGUGUCCAAUAAAUUUUGCUCCCCCCCUUCCACUAUUUCCACCAAAGUCUUCUAAUUCUCAAAAACUAAUGAUUUUCGGAACCCAUAUGAUGUACCUGACAAGUCUGCGCAAACGGCCGUUCUAUUUAUGCCUGUGCCAUUUAUUGCAGGGUUCUUGCUUCUCUUCUGUGCGCAAGCUCUCCUGUCAAGAAUGAGCUAUUUUUUUUUCUUGCCAACCCGCUCUGGUUAUCACUAACCCAGGCCAUCCAACAGAAUUUAAAUUUAACUAUUCUUCUUUUACACACUUAUUUCUUUUUUUUAGUUUAGUAUCUCUCUGGUUCCAAACAUGCUUGAUGAUGGAAAAUAGGUUUUAGGAUGCUGAGUGAAUUCAUAACCUGUGGUUGGAUGUCAAGAAAGAAAUUUGUAUCCAUCACUCCAUAGAUCACUCCACUGUUUAAGAUUUGCAUUAUGAAAUCUUAUUUUCUAAUUCAAGAUGGAAUGGUAUUUUAAAAGAGUCAAUUUAAGUCAGUCUCUCAAGGAGGGAACUAAAGUUUUGCUCAUUUUUGGCAAAAAAUCUCCAGCACACACCAAAAAAAAAAAAAAAACCUAAAACUUUGGCUUUCGGGCAUGAGUUACUGUCAGGUUUACCUCAAGCUUCCUAACUAUUUUUUGAAAAUCGAACAGUUUUUGUGUGAAUGACAAGGGGGAUGCAAAGACUUAUUAGACGCUCCUUGUAUUUCAGCAUGACUCCAAAUCCUGAGGUGAUGAUACAGCCCUUCAAAUUUUUGGAAUGUUAUAUAGCCUGAUCAAGUAGUCCAAUCUAUUUAUUAUAUGUAUUAUUUAUUUUAAGUGUUAAAUUUGGGGAAAAUGCCUCAAAAAUUAAAAUCUUGAGAGAAUUAUAGGUAAAUUUCAAAACAUCUUUUACGGGGGAAAAUUCUUUCAUUUUAAGAAGAGAAACGAAAGAAGUUACCUCUUAAUGUAUUAUCUUACUUAAGACGUCCAAGCAGCUUUAUUCAGAAUUUUGUGCAUAGAGUGGUGUACAUUAUCAAGAAAAUCAAUUUCCUACUUUCACAACUUCCAAAAUUGAUAAUUAGAUACUUAAAAGUGAUACUUAUCUUCCCAUAUUGCUUAAAAUUAGUGAUCAGAUCUUACCCCCUGAAUUGAUGGCUUUUUCUAAGUAGUCAUCAAAGGAAAAAAUACUUUUCGUCCCGCCCCAGGGCCUUCAUUGAAUGUUCAUUGUGGAUUCCCUUUUCAAAACAGUGAUUUCUCACCAUUUAGUUCCGUGAGCUAAGUCUUAUGGAUGCUAAUGAGAAGAACAAUAUUUUACAACUCAGUACAUCAUUUCAUGAUAUCUCAGCAGAAGUAUUCUUACUUUUGUGGUAACAUGUAGUUUUGACUCCCAAAGCGGGUCGCAUGUGCGAUGCCUUGAACUUAAUCAAUGCAAGUAGCAAUUUCAUGCUUGCUGUCAGUAAGUGGAGUUGUCCUUAGGGCACAAAAGUUUGUGUUAUGACACACUUCUUUUCGUUCACAUUAUGGUAACACAGAGAUCCUGGGGUUAAUUACGGUGCUCAGGGGCAGCAGAAAGUGUGCUGCUAACUUAAUUAGCAGAUCAGUGAUGGUGAAGAGGAAUAAGAAACCUCUUUCCACGUAACAUUGUAUUCAAUUUUCUUUUAGACCAAACAAACAAACCAAAACUGAAAAAUCACGAAGAUUUAAAAUUAUUUUGCCUUAUACACAGGAGAGAAUUGCCGUCCAGUUUUAAGGAGACGUUUAAUGUCCUAAUGUAAAAAAAAGAUGACUGAACUUUAAAUGUGCAUGAUUUGUCCUCUUAAUCGGAUGAUUGGUUGUACAAUUCAAGUUUACUCCUUUUAUUCCUCUCAUUUUAUUUAUCAUUUUAUUGUUAUGCUGCAGAUCAUUGUGUAUCAGUUGUUUCAAUCGAGGAGCAGAAUUAUUUUUCCCCCUUUUUUCUUAUUAUUUAAAUUUAAGUGUUAAUUUAUUUACUUACUUAGUAUCAAUUUUAUGUUAGUUCCGUUAACUGCAUAGUGAUUUAUAUUGUUAUUUGUAAUUUUUAAUACUUCUGAAAAAUGUUUCAAUUUAACAAUUUUGUUUCUGUCUUAUGAUGAUUUAGUUUUGCAGAGCCUUUUCUCAAUUAAAUAAUUCUUACUCUUGCUA